CGCUGGUCAGCCACGUUUACCGCGCGAACGAGGCUUGGUAGGGGCAGGAGUUACUUUUGGAUCAAUCGUUGGCAGUGCUGUGAAGCAACCGGGGAAGGUUGGACUCAUCAGGUGGCCAACGAUGAUUGUGUCGCUUCGGGGACUGCUUCUAGCAUCGACGCUAUGAUCAAUUGUACUAAGGAUGAUGCUAGUCGAGUCCAGUCGAGCAUGGGCGACUUCCAGAGACAGGCGUUCUUCGCUGGGGAGCAUAUAUAAAUGAUCAGUUAAGAUUGGAGACGUACGGACACGGCCUCUCGUAUCGAAAUGCAAAUCACGCUCCUCUUCGCGACACUCCUCGGCGGCAUUUCUGUGGUUUCUGCAGGCGGCAGGAUCAAUAAACCGGUGGCUGGGACGACUAUCACCAGCAAAGCCGUCGUUCCUUUCAAGUUCAAAACGGGGACGAUCAACGGUGGAUGCCAUCAGAUUCACACGCCCGUGACCAUCUACCUCUCGACGAGCGCGCCAACUGCGCUCAACGCCGACGGGGGUCUGGACCCGGGAUCGUUCAUCGAGUCGUACGGCCCUUUCUUUGAGCCGGAAAUGGGUAUCCGUCCGUUGCCGGGAUUCCCGGUGCCGCCCAGCGAGUUGACCAUGCCGGACAUCUCCGCCUACAGCCCCGGCACGGCGCUCUUCUUGACGGCGGUCGAGACAACUGCUCCUGGUGCUUGCGCGCCGGGGGUCAACCCUGCGAGAUACGACUUCGCUAGCAUCAACUUGAUCGUUGCGUAGAAGGCACAGCGCGCAAUCGGCCCUAGUGGUGGCUGCGAUCCAUUGUGCACUCUUCAGGAUCCAGUAAAACGCGGUUGGGAUAUUUCGGAAUAGAAUGCUGUUAUGCCAGAUGAGAGGACAUGGGCCUGUGAUAAGAUAAGCUUGAAAUAUUUGACCGUGAUCGCUUCGGAGAUACUGUCAAGCAAAGUGCUGGGAAUGGCCAUCGUGUAUUCCGCCAGCAUCUGAGGUCAACUUUCUUAGGUCAACUCGGUAAGCACGAAACCAGAAGAUAAGUCAGAACACACAUCCACGGCGCGCAUUUCUGCCACGCCCGAGAUAGGUCUGAUGAGCGGAGCGCUGCCUAUGAUUCCGACCAGAACAUCAGUGCGACGAGAGCACCGGUAACGCAGCUACGCAGGG